UCAGAUACGAAGUGGGAAGGAAGAAUGGAAGCUGGAAAGAAGAGGCUGGCAACCUUGGUCGGAUGCAAUUACAGGAACACCUCGAACGAGCUGCAUGGCUGCAUCAAUGAUGUUGUAGCCAUGCAACGCCUACUAUUGAGCCGGUUCGGGUUCGAGGCCCACAACAUAACGUUGCUGACCGACGAACCCGACUCCCCGGUUCAACCCACAGGCUCCAACAUCCGGCGGAGUCUGCAGGAGAUGAUCCGUCGAGCCGAUCCCGGCGACGUGCUGUUGUUCCAUUACAGCGGCCACGGCACUCUCCUUCCGGCUCACGGCCAGAGCCACCAGACCUUCAGAUCAAGAGAGGAAGCCAUCGUCCCUUGUGACUUCAAUCUCAUUACAGAUGUUGACUUCCGUCACCUCGUCGACCAACUUCCGGCCGGCGCGAGUUUCACGAUGAUCUCCGACUCAUGCCACAGCGGCGGACUGAUCGACAAGGAGAAGGAGCAGAUUGGGCCGAGCACUGUCCUCCAAUCGCGGACCGUCGCCGGAAUGGAGAAGAUACAGUACCGCUCAAAGGCAAGGGUCAUCCCUUUUAAAGCGGUGCUCCAAUACCUCGCCACCGUGUCGGGCAUCGACUCGCCGGAGAUCGGCGACCACCUAUCGGCUCUCUUCGGCCGGGAGGCGAGCCUGAGGUUCCAGCCAGGAGCACGGGGGGUGCAUAGGCGGACAGACGACGGGAUACUGAUGAGCGGGUGCCAAUCGGACGAGACGUCGGCGGACGCUUGCCCGACAGGAGACCCCGCUGAGGCGUACGGAGCGUUCAGCAACGCGCUGCAGAUGGCACUGAGGGAAGUGAAGGGGAGGAUAGGGAACAGGGAGUUGGUGAAGAUGGUGAGGAAGCUGCUGAGGGAGGGGGAGUACGAGCAGCACCCCUGCCUCUACUGUAGCGACGAGAAUGCGGAUGCCCCCUUCCUCUGGCAGCCCAUCAUCUCUUGCGAGAGAAAGGAGAGACACUCUGCAACUUAAUUGGUGCUUGUGUGCAUGCAUGUGUGUUUAUGCGUGUUUUGUGUGCGUGUUUGUGCAAGUUCAUAUCUCAGUCGAUCUUCCCCCAGCGCGCAUCUUCCAUUUGGGAAAGCAAGACAGAGGCAGAAAUAUGUAUCUCCUAUUGAUCAUUCUCAUGUUUGUAUGUGUGUAUGUAUACAUCUCUUUGGCAUGGGCAUGAGUAGCUUGGUAUUGUAUUAUACUGUGAUAUUGCCCGUGCCUUAAUAUGCUUCUCCAAGGAAGAUUGCUGUUCCUCCAAAAAAAACAUAACCAUGGUUUGUUUCCUUUGCCAGUGCUGCAGCUGCCUGCAGUAGAGACGUCUUUG